AUGCUUCCUGGUCAGACCCCCAAUGGCCUGAGAGCAACGAAAGACCACCGACACAACCCUAGGACAGGAAUCCAAAGGCCUGGACACGCCCUCCUAAGAAAGAAACGCAAGGGCCUCGUCGGAAAAUUUGAUCCCUCAAUCGGGCCGGGGAAGGGUCCGGAUGCACGACUGCCACUCCCGGACUCGACAAGAUCCAGAAUCGAGGUGGGUUUCACCUAUGCCUUGCAGCCUGCAUCUGAGAAACUGGAGCUUGGGUAG